AUGUCGUCGAGCAGGAAGAAGUCGAGGAAGGGCUCGUCCUCGCGGCGGCACGACGCUCCAGUGGACGAGUGGAAGCAAUACACGUCCCCUGACGGACAUCCAUACUACUACAAUGCCGCGACUAAGGAGAGCAGAUGGGAGCUUCCCGUCGAGGAGGAGCCUGUGCGUCCGAAGCAUCGACGACCUAAAGGAAGUCGACAGUUUGACCUAACUGAAGAAAAUUCCCUAAAACAAGAAUCCCUAAAUCAGGACGAAGUACCUAAAGUCAAGAAGAACAAGAAGACGCGUCCUGAGAGUCGCAAGAGCGCGACAGAGGAAGCAUCCAAUGCUGUUAAGCCUAAGAACGCCAUGUUCCAGAAGCUGCAGGCUUCGCUAGAGGGGAAACUUAAUGGUCCCAUGAUGGGGAUGGGGAGGCCGCCUCCUAUGCUUAACAUUAGGCAAAAGGAGGAGGUCGAGGAGGAGACGAAGACCCCGUCACUAGAGGAGCAGUACGAGGCCGAGACGGCUGGUAUGAGUGCGGCCGAACGCCUACGUUUCUUGCGGAAGAAGAGACAGGAGAAUAUGAUGAACAAGAGAGAAAGUAUCGCUGGGGACGACUUUAUGGCCGAAGUGGCUAACAAUAUGAAGAAAAAGGGAGUCACAGUGAAAUCCGCAGAGAAGCAGCAAAAUGGCAGUGAAAAGAGAUCGAACUGGGAGGAGCAGGAGCAGGCUGAGGAGCAACGUAAACGACAGCAAAUGCAGGAUGAAAUGGAGGCAAAAGAGAAGGAAGAGCAGAGAAAGCAGCGCGAACAGCAGGCUAAAGAGUUGGAACAGCGACGAGAACAGGAACGUGCGGAACAAUUGGAAAUCGAACAGCGACGUGACCAAGAACGGAAACAAUUGGAGGAGGACAGAAAGAAUAAUGAGGAAAAGAAGACAGAGGAUCACCAUGAGGAGCUCAGUGACAGCGCGGAGGCUCCUGAGCCAGAUGUGCGAAGCCGUUCGAGUACUACGGACAGGUCAGUAGUGCCACUUGAGGACUCGGAUGCGUCUUCACCUGAACGCGAGGCGCACAGCAGGCGCAAUGGAAGUCAAGGGAGUAAGCAUGGCAGUUCACAAAUCUCUGAGUUAGUUGAGCAGCAGGAAAAUGUUGACGACCAUGCGGCAGUAGAAAAUGGACACAAGGUGGAGUCUGAGAAUGCGGCAGACUCCGCUCGGGAGGAAAAGGAGCGCGCGCGAGAAGAACGACGAGCCCGGAGGAAGCGCGAAAAAGAGUUGACUACAGUGACACCAAUCUCGGUGACAUCGGAAUCACCGCGGCGAAAGUCAGUGUCCAGCUCAAAUGGACAGAAGGAGGAGCCAAGGACUCGCUCACCUAGUAGCGUUGAGGCUGAAGAGGAGGCAAGAGCGAGAGAGAAACAGCUGCGCCGUGAAAGACGAAGGAUGGCGAAGAUGGAAGCAGCAUUAGCUGCCCAGAGCUUGGAAAGUAACGGCGAACAAGGAGAUGCUCAACACGAGAAGCACUCGAAUGGCAGCAAUGAUUCUUCUGGCUCAGGUCAUGCCGGAGUCUACCCCAUGAACGGACAACCAGUUCCUGGUCAGGCUGCCCCAGGACAACCACCUUUCAGCGGUGGAAUGUACCCACAGUAUCCGUACGCAAUGAUGCCACCACCACCACCGCCGCCGUAUGGAUAUUACUAUCCGUACAUGCAACCCCCAAUGCCAAUGCCUGUGUAUCCACCGAGUAUGGUACCACCAGGUUAUCAGUUAGUACCCCCUACGCCUCCACCUUCGGCGGACGGGAUGCCAGCACCUUCCGCUCUAGUACCAUACGGUGCAGACUCGACGCUGGCAAAUGCGUACGGUAUGAAUAUUGGGGGUAUGUAUCGUCAGCAGUCUGCUCCAGAAUUAAGCAGAUGUGACUGUUGUAAGGGAAUUGGAGUUGGUUUGGUGGAAAAGAACGGUGUCUGCGCGCAUUGCAACCGACUGCGUCUCGCUUUCAUCGUUGAUUCCGCUCAGAUGCGACAGCGCUGCUCGGUUUGUGGUGGAUGGGGGUUCCAACUACUUCAAGCGAAUGGAAUGUGCGAGCACUGCACCCGACAGACUGCACAAAAAUCGAAAGCAAAAGUAGUUACCGAAGCUGCAACACGACGCAGUGUUGCUGCCCCUCCUCGGCGAAAUUCAACGAGGACCACAUCCAAGAACGAUGGAUUGAAUGAUAUUGACUGGGAUAAAUCGUCCGAUGAUUCAGACUGGGACGACUGA